AUGGCGUUCGAUAGAGUCAAAGCUGCAACGCACGGUGUGAAACCCGGAGAUGUGAGUUCGUUGCAACCGACUGAGAAACGAGUGAUUGUCCAUUUCAAGUCCGAUGCACGCCAAUUAUCGCUUGGGCCAAACUUCCCAUCGGCGCCGGAAAAUCUGAAAGAAUACAUUCUGUUCCUGAACCCAGAAUCCACGUACUACAAGUAUGAGAAUCCCUGCAAGUUCGAGAAUUGGGAACGGCUGCGUGUCUGGCCGUGGUCAGACAAACCCGAAAUCCAUAAGGCCUUCGUUCACUGGUACUACCAAUUGGAGCCGGAAUACGCCGAUACUUGGAGGAUGGCUGGGAUCUAUGACCUGUUGAAGUUCUGCACCAUAGGACUUGGCAAAAGUAGAGAUCUGGUGGAAGCUGUCCUAAGGUUUUGGAGUGAGAGCAGUAAUGUGUUCUGUUUUCCAUGGGGCCCUAUGACACCAACAUUGCUUGAUGUAUGCGUCAUCACUGGUCUGCCUGUUGUUGCAGAUGUGGCCGUGGAUGGCAAUGUGACUGAUGAUGAUGCAAUUGCAGCAGCGGCAGGGCAGUCCAGAAGCUAUGGACCUUUCAUCAACGAAAAUAAAGGGCACACAAGCCGGUUAGCAUCUGGAGUACAAAUGAACUUGGCAGAAGCUAUACUUGCUAUGUUGUAUCAUUGUUUGCAUGAAGCCAGGCAUAAUCCUGGUGCUACCUUCUGUGGCCCUAAUACAAGGAGACUUGGUAGAGAAAAGCUCACAAUGUCUCAAUAUACCAUGCAUCGGGAGUUAAUGGAUCUGAGAGAUAGUUCUGGAUACGAGGCAAUCAAAACCUCCUUUGGCAUUGGCAAGUUUGCAAAGAACAAGUCAGUUGGUGGUGUUGCAGAAACAGAGAAGAAAGGGAAAAGAAAAAGUGGUGUCGCAGCAAAGACUGGUGGUCAAUCAAGCAAGAAGAGCAUUGCAACCGCCGCUGUCAGGGCAAGAACAAGUACCCGGAAGGAUGCUCCAACCUCCACCCGUCGACCCAAGAGGUUGAUUGGGAGGAAGCGGUCUACUAGUGAAGUCAGCAAUAAGAAGAAUCCUGUAUCUGUGUCUGAGAGUGAAGAGGAAGAAGCAGAGAGCCCAGGCAGGGAGAAAGGUUCUGCUGCAGUAGCUGAAGAUCAAACUGCACAGAAAAUAGUUCGUGAGAAUGGCGGUUCCAGAAGCAAAAGGACAAUGAAAACGGCCAGUUCGAGCGCUCCAACCACUUUUGGGAAGAAAGCUCCUCCUUCCUUAGAGUCACUCAAAGCUAGAUUGGAACGAACAAAAGCAACAUCCUAUGUGAAAACAGAAGAAACGUCCAGUGUCCCUGAAAUGCCUCUAGGAGCAGGGCAACUGAAGACCAACAUCAAAGAGGCUAUUGCUGCCAAAUCAAAGGCAAAGGAAGAACUGGAGAAGGCACAAGCCAAACGCAAACAAUUGGAGGCGGAGCUAAGUGGUGUUGUUGCGAACACUGAUGUGGCACUUGAUGCAUAUGGGCAGGAAGUAGGAACAGCUCCCGACUCUCCAAUGCCCGUGACUCAGACCCCUCCAAGUCAUCCUGAAGUCGGUGCAACAGCAGAAGAAAGGCAAACAACUUUAGGAAUGCCACAAGAUGUGACACCACCUGAAGAAGAGGCCAUUGAUGUGGCACCGUUAGCUAGCAGGCCUUCAACCCCUCUAGUAGAGAUAUGA